AUGAUUCCCUUGUAUAUAUAGUAUGAGAAUCAACAAGAGCCUAAUAUAUUGAACGUACCAAAAUAGAUUUGUUUGUUCCCAAAUUAUAAGUAUAUGCUGGAUUUAUGUUAGUCAAAAUACGAGAUAAAUACAAAGGCACUACUAAGUAAUAGAAAAAUUCCUGAAAGCCCUACGCUAAUUGUAGAUUGCCCAAUGCUACCCUAACAAAUCUAUAAAAUAUCCUAUUUUAAUAUAAAUGUCGUCUGAUCAAUUUAUGGUACAUUCUAUCUAUUAAAUAGGUUCAUUUGGGAGAGUUAAAAACUGAUACUUGUGGAACAAGUGAGUUUAUCUUUUUGCCUUAAAACUAGUUUGUUCCUUGCUAUCAUACCUAGGCUAUUCCAUAGUACCCCAAGAUGUAACUCCCUAUUCAGAAGAAAAGAUAGAUAAGUUUUAUGUAGGAUCAGAAAGAUUCAAAAAAUAUACCGAAGAACUAUUGUAAAAGCAUAAUAACCUUUGCAUGUAAGAAUCAAGACAAUCUCUGCCUGGAAAUUUUAAAAGACUAGUUGAAAGUUGUGAAGUUUAUAGAUAAGAUCUCCCAAUAUAAAAAAUAAUUGUUAAACAUUAAGAUUUUUAGUAAUCUAUUGUAAAAGUCUGAUGAUCCUGAGGAAGAGGAAUAUAGAAGGGCAUUUCGCAUAAUUAGGUAUUAUUGUAGAAAUAUCAGUAGUCAAAUCUUUAUAAAGAAAUAAGCUAUUAAUUAUAUUUUUAAUUCGAAAAUUGUUCAACAUAAUUGGCAUCUGAGAUAUAGAUUAUAAAUAUAUAAGGGGGUGAAGGAUCCUGACCAUUUUUCUCACUUAAAGAAUUUGUGA